CGAGGAUAGACGGUACCAUGGCCAGUCUUAAAAUUUUUGUUGUUUUCGCUGCGGGAUUUAUUUACGUCAAUGGUCAGACUUCAGUGGUCACCAAUUUGGAUCAAGCCGCAACAAGAACUGUUGCAGCAGGAGGAACAGAAUAUGUAGUGGCUGGUGGACAGCCGACGGCUUCAUCGGGUGGAUCUUUACUAGACUUAGCUGCUGCUGGUUUUGGUGGACAACCGUCAAAUGGUCCCACCCCAGCGGCACCAGUCGGACAACCUGUAGCUACAGGAAGGGGUACACAAGGAGGAUCAGCCCUAUCAAAUGCGGGUUCUUUCAUGGAUGCUGUUAAUAAUUUAUUAAGUGGAGAGACAAGACAAAUGAACCCGGAUUUAUUAGCUACCCUGGGUUUACCAUCCAGUACGGGUUCUACUGGAACUUCAGCUUCACUGAACUCUGGAUUUCCAUCCAAUUCUGGCUCAAUGGUCAUCGCCGAUACAGCUUCUGGCACCAAUCCAUCAAAUAUAUUGACAGUACCAGUACCGAACUCACAACCGUUAGGGGGUAACACUGGUAUACCACAGGGGGCUUUGGUCGACGCUCCUGCCUCUAAUAACAACCUAUAUCCAGCAUCAAGUAACAUGCCACCGGGAACAUUAGCAGAUCCUAAUACCAUGGGAAACGUAGUCGACCCCAAUGCCCCAAUUCCAACAGGAAAUAUAAUGUAUGGUCCUAGUCGUGGGGAUGCUGCUGCUCCUGGAAGUGGUCCUUUGUCUAUGAUAGGAACAGGACCAACUGCUCCAAGUUUUACUAACCCUACUGCUGUUCCCAACCCUGCCUUUGGAACCGGGAUCACUGACAUUGGUAGCCCUCUAGGCUCUCAAACAGUGUAUCCAGUGCCCAGUGGCCAAGGACCCUUAGCAGGUAUGUCUGGUGGUAGCCCGACACCCCUAUCAGGUCCAUCUGGUGGAGGUCUGUCACCCUUAGCAAUGCAACCUAGUGGUGGUCAAGGACCAUUAGCAAGCUUAACAGGGGGGCCCAAUGCAGGAGGAAAUGCUAUGACCACAGUUCCUGCAGGCGGAGGCGGGCCUUUGGCAUCCCUUUCUUCAGUAACCGCACCAGGCAAUACACAGCAGAAUAGUAACAACAAUAAUAUGAUGAUGCUGAUGAUGAUGCUGCUGUCGGGCGGAGAAAUGAGCCCGCUAACAAUGAUGUUGGCAGCUGGAGGAGGAGCUAAUAAUGCUGCCAUGUUACCUAUGAUGCUGGCAAUGAGUCAAUAGACAAUCCUUCUAGAUCUGUAUGGCGUGGAUUUUACAUUGUAAAUAGAUGUACAGAAAUGUUAAUUAAUUAAUGUGUUGUAUAUUGAUUGAAUAGCAAAGAAUAUAAACCAUUAACUCGCGUGAACCAAUCUUUAGGUUCAUAGUUAAACUGAAAUACACUUCGUAUGUUAAAGGGAUUCUACCAUUAUUCCUAAGCUGUUUAAGAAUCGUCAAAUUCAUAUCUGUUUCUAAGGGUUUUGAAAUAUAAAAGACAGUUAGUAUAGACAA